CAAAUCAGAAAAUCAAAACAAACACACAAGGCAAGCAAAAGCAGUGAUGCAGUCGUGUUGUAAAUUUUGAAGAAAAAGUUCAAAAUUCUGUGAUUUUGCUUAAUCAUUUUUGAUUAUGUCCAAAGAUUAGUGUUAGUUGCGUGUUUUAGUGUUACUUCCGAAUGGCAAUACAAGUGUUACGGUCCAAAUUCGUUCCAACCCGCCAAACCAAUCGAUUCGCAGCGUUCGACUUUGUUUUGAUUUGAUUCCGUAAAAAAAUAAUCCUCAAGUUUGACUUGAGCCAUAUUUGGAUUAGGUGUGGGAUUGAGUCGGUGAAUCACAUAAUCCGACGAGAUGCCCUUUCGGGACUGGAAAAUCGUUCGGGUUUUGGCCGGAAUCGCGAUGCGAAUCUGGGCCGCGUCCGGAGCUGCCCUGCUGGCCGCCUUCGUCAUGUACAUCGUGUACGGCGGCUUCUUUGCCUUUCUGCUGCUUCUGUUUGCCGUUUCCGGAAUUUUGUACCACGCGCAGGACAAUCUGCUGUACCAUCCGGAUUUGCCGGCCAACUCGCGGAUAUUCGUGCCGGUUCCGUCGAUGCACGGGCUGCCGUACGAAACGUUGCACCUGAAGACCCGCGAGGGCAUCUCGCUGCACGCUUUCUGGAUUCGCCAUCCGGGUGACAAGGGUCGGUACGUUCCGACGAUCGUGUAUUUUCAUGGCAACGCCGGAAACAUGGGCCACCGGUUGCAGAAUGCCGGCGGGUUCUUCCACACGCUUCAGUGCAACGUGCUGAUGGUGGAAUACCGCGGGUACGGCCUGUCCGAUGGAGCGCCCAGCGAGCGGGGCUUCUUCCUGGACGCGAAAACCAUUCUCGAUCAUCUGUUCAGCCGGCACGACCUGGACCACAGCCAAAUCGUGGUGUUUGGUCGUUCGCUGGGCGGUGCCGUGGCCAUCGAUCUCGCUGCGGACGCCGUGUACGGUUCCAAGUUGAUGGGCCUAAUCGUGGAGAACACUUUCACGAGCAUUCCGGACAUGGCGGUGGAGUUGAUUCAUCCGUGCGUCCAGUAUCUGCCGCUGUGCUGCUACCGGAACAAGUUUCUGUCCGUGCACAAGAUCCAGUUUGUGUCGGCACCGACGCUGUUCGUUUCCGGCCUGGCCGACACCCUAGUGCCUCCGAAGAUGAUGACGAUGCUGCACACGCGCUGCGGAAGUACCCGGAAGAACAUGCUGCAGAUUGUGGGCGGAUCGCACAACGACACGUGGGCCAUCAGCGGCUACUACCAGGGCAUCGCGCACUUCCUAGCCGAGUGUAAGGAAAUUAAGGGACCGCUGCAGACGCCACCUGUUAGCCAGAACAACGUUUGGCCCCGGAUCGAGGAAGUGUAGAGGCGUGAGUUAUAGAGUGUUUGAUAGAGGGAGAGAGAGAGUGAACGAGCGAGUGAAUGUGUUGAAUUACCUGCCUAGAAGAAUUAAGGACAAAACAAAAACAAAACACAAUAAAAAAGAGAAGCCAAGUGAAAUACCCAAUAACAAUUUUAGCGUGUAGGAACAUACAAAAAACAGCAAAAGCAACAACAAAGCCGUAAGAAAAAUUUAAAAGCAUUAGCAUAAUAAUGACAUUAUGAUAAUAAAUUAGCGCAAAACGUA